AUGGAACAAAAAAGCUAAUCAAGUCCUUAGGCCGUUUUACAUAAAGAAACAAAUUAUUUCGGAUAAGUCGAAGAUUAAUUUAUGUAGAACUAGAAUUUAAAUGGCAUAUUGAAACAAAAUAAAUUAAAGGAUAUUCAGAGCUAGCAGUAAAAAAUAAUUCAAUCACAAAAAAAACAGUAAUUCAAGUUCUUUACGCCUGUUUUCAUGCUCUGGAUUUUUAUAAAUUCUAUAGUGUCCAUCUAUAAUUAGUAAUACAUCAACUUAUUUCUAAGCAUAUAUCUUGGAUUAAUUUUGAUAAUUAUUUUAACGAUAGAAUAUAAAAUAAUUAAGUUUGAUGUCUACAGAAUUAUUGUCUUAUUUGUUUUCAGCUUUUCUAUUUAUCUUUUGAAGACUCUUAUAUUUGAUUUUAACUCUUAACAACAUGUAACAUCCUAUCCCUAUUGGCUUUUCUGUGGAAUAUUUUUAAAGCACUUCUGUAGAUACAUUGAAUAGUGGUACUUUAAAUGCAUUUUAAUUAGUUUUUCUUGCAUUGCUUCUAUAUUUGGAACAAAUUUUAAUGAAUUAAAUAUGUUUCUAACUCAUACUUAUUUACUUGCUGUUAUUGUAUGCUUUAGUUUUUAUGUUGAAACAAGAAUAGAGAAUACACAAUAUAUUGAUUUUAUUAACUAGAUUAAAAUACUUAAAGGAUAAAAAGAUUUGCUUGAUAUACUGAUUCCUUCAGCCAUUUUUGUUUGUUAACUAGAAGAUAAUCAAAGCCAUUACUAGGAAAAUAAUCAUAAUUUCAGUAAUAUCUUUGAGAACACUCGUCAACAAAUGGAUCUGAAUAAUACUAAAGGUUAUUCUUUCAAAAGAGAAGAAAUUUCAGGUAUUAAUUCCUUCUAAAACUAAAGUCAAUUCGUUUUCCCUUCAGCUUUAAAAAGUUUAAACCCAAUGUACAAGACUCAAUAAUAAAAACAUGUUAAAAUUGAUUAUGCAAACAAAAAUAGCUUAAAUAUUUUUGAAGUUGAGCGAUCAUAAGAAAUUCUAGAAAAACUUCAAUACAUGAUUUAAGAGGAGGCUGACUAAGAAAAGAAUCCUUCAGAGAUUUCAUUUACUUUAUAUUCAAAAAUCAAAUAGCAGUUGUUUGCUUAAAGCAAAAAUGUUCACAAUAUAAAAAAGACCAUGAACAUAAGUGGAUAAAUUGAAAUUAUGAACAUCGUUGAAGAUAAGUGUACUUACAAAUAUGGGUAGAGCUACUUUAAUGUAAAGUACGUUAAUUGCUUUUGGAAUCAAUAGCCUUCUUUGUUGGUUCUGCUUGUGAAUGUAUCUCAAGAAAAAAGGAAUCAGUAACUUUAAUAAAUGAAUACCUAUAAAGAUAGAUUACUAGCUACGGUUUCUCAUGAUCUAAAAACUCCACUAAAUUGCAUUAUUUCUCUCACGGGAUAGAUUAAAGAAAUGAACAUAGUAUCUAUAGCGCAAAAUGUUGAUAUUAUCUAUAAUAAUUCAUUAAUGCUUCUAUUUAUGAUCAAAGACAUUCUUGAUUAUUCCUAAAUCAUGCAUAAGAAGCUUAAAUUAUCUUCUGAAAAGAUUAAUUUGCAGUAAUGCAUCAAAGAAGUGUUUGACAUUUUUUAAUUUUAGUGUUCUUCUUAAAAUAUUGACUUGAUACAAUAAGUAGAAGACAUAACUUUUUAUAACGAUAAAAACAGAUUAAAAUAAAUUAUUAUCAAUUUUGUCUCAAAUGCAAUUAAAUUCACUAAACAAGGCUUCGUCACAGUUAAAGCAGUAAAUUAAGAUGACUGUGUAAGAAUAUCAGUUGGUGAUACUGGUACAGGAAUGUCGGAUGAAGUUGUCAAAAAACUCUUCAAGGAAUACGAAACAUUUGACAACAAAGACAAAAUGAAUUAACAAGGUAUUGGACUAGGACUCUUUAUAUGCAAAAAUUUGGUUGGUGCUUUAGGUCCAGAUGACUGCAUCAAAGUAGAGUCCACAGUAGGACUGGGAUCAACUUUUACUUUUGACAUAUAUAAGAAUGAAAAGAAAACUAGAAAAAAAACUCCCACUUAGCAAAUUAACAGUGUGAAUGGAGUAAACAAUAGAUUUAGCUUAGGUGGAAAUACCUAAAUAAGGUCAUAAAAUCCUUCAAUAGCUUAGAAUAGACCUAAUCCUAGUAAGACACUACAAACAAAAGAAGGAAAGACAAUAAGUAAUUAAAAUUAAACAGAUUAAGUAAUGGAUACUAUUCCUCAAGAAGGAGAAUAUGAUUAAAUAAUAAGUACUCAUUAAGGAGAAAUGAUUAUGUCUAACUCAUCAGCAAACCUAACUUCAAAGAUAUUAGCUCAAAAAUAUAAAUCAAUAAAUUCAAUCUAAAACAGAAUAUAUAAAAUGAAUAAGAGAUACAACAUUAUUAUUGUUGAUGAUUCUAAAUACAAUUUAAUUGCUCUCAAAAUAUACUUAAAUGAUUAUAAAAAUUUUGAUGUGGAAGAGUUUAUUCAUGCAGAGAAAGCUUUGUAAAGAAUUAAAGAGCAAGAAAAAAAAUAUGACAUAGUUUUUACUGAUCUUCAAAUGCCAUUUAUGGAUGGAUUUGAGCUCACAAAGCAAAUAAGAUAAAUGUAAAAUAGAAUUUAGCAACCUAAAAUUGUUAUUGUCACUGCUGACAGCUCAGAUUUCUUGAAAAUUAAAUCAUCUCAAUACGCAGUUAAUGAUUAUAUUGAAAAACCCAUUACCGAUAAAGACUUGUUUAGAUCUAAAAUAAUGAAGCUUUUAGAAUGA